AUAAAUCAAUGAGAUUGCGAUGCUAUUUUGGAUGACGAAGGACUGAUGAUACCUACCGAAAUCCAUCCAGAUGCGGUCAUCGUAGACGUAAGUCCUAAUGGAACAGAUAUUGUCGACGCCCAGUGGUUUCUUCCGUCAAGUUACAUCUUUCAUAUCCAUACAACUACCGAACGGCUCUCGUCCCAUCCAGCAUACAGAAUUCUGGCCUGUGCAUCCACAACGUCUAAAUCACGUCGUGCAAAGGCCAAGCGCCAGUGUUUGUGGUUCGCUCGUCUCGAAGAUGACCUAAAGGAUGAGACUAGUAGGCUUGUGAACCCUGUUGAUGAUCAUUCCUGACGUGUUCUAUUCAACGAUAGAACAGACAGAAUGUUAUUAAAGUCAUGCCCGGCCGACGCGAAGGGCACAAUUUGCAGGUAUAUUAGCAUCUCCAAAAACCUUUCCAUGGUAGACCACAGCUGUUCACCGAACAGCCACCAGAAAUUUUACAUAUCUUCCUUUUCUAUGCAGCUUUGCGCCGCUCGAGGCGUCAAAGAAGGCGAAGAGACUUUCCAAUUACACCAGAAUUCUGCUGCCAACCGCGGAGCGCGCGGAAACCUCUUGCCCUACGGCAUCAAGUGCACCUGCCGCGCCUGCCUCAACCCUACCAAAAGCGAUCCUAUCCACGCUGCUGUCUUCAACUGUCCUUGUGUGACCGCUCUGAUGCAGAACCCCGAUAAUACGAGAGCCGGGAGCGCGUCCGGACGCCUGAAUCCAUCCUGUGGUGCAGACUGUUGCGAGGAUCCAAGAGGAAGGGUCACAAGGAUCGCAAGAGUACUACAAGACGCUUCACCAGUUGUACAACACGCAUAUGCACCAGAACGAUGAGAGGAAGGCACUGAUGUAUGGGGAGCAGUUGUGGAUGGUUAAUCUGGCUGCGG